AUGGCACCUCCAUCUCAGCGCAGCGCGGCCAAGUUUCAACCCCACAUAAGCGGAAUUGAACACAUUACCAAUCAUGACAAGGACCCCGAAGCGAUUCAGAUUGAGAACUUUAUCGGUUUCACGCGUGUACCCCUCGGUCUUGCGGGACCCCUGCACAUUCGCACGCCGGAAGGAGAUGAAAAGGAUGUGUGCGCUCCGAUGGCAACCACCGAGGCAGCGAUGAUUGCCAGUUGUUGUCGAGGGUGCAAGGCAUUCAACAUGUGCGGUGGCGCUGAAUUUCAUGUCUUGAGUCAGGGCAUGUCGCGCGCACCGGCCUUCCAAUUCGAUAGCCCGCGCGAGGCAUGUUUGUUCUCACAACGUAUCCGCGAUUUCGAGAGCGACAUAGCCAAGGUGGCAGAGUCGACGAGUCGCUAUGUGCAGUUUCGAGGCAUUGUUCCCCAUGUUAUCGGAUCGUGGACUCACGUCGUCUUCCGGUAUGUCUGCGGAGACGCGGCGGGCCAGAACAUGGUCUCCUUUGCCACUGAGACCGCCUGCGCGUGGCUGAUGAAGUCGACCUUUGCGUCGGAGUUCCAGAUUCGGGAUUUCUGCGAGGAGGGCCAAAUGUCAUCGGAGAAGAAGGCCUCGUGGGGCCAUGUCACGACGUCGCGGGGCGUCGAAGUCAUCGCCUGGGGCAAGCUGUCUGACGCCGUCUGUCGAAGCGUAUUCAAAUGCUCCACGGAAAGGCUUCAUCAGAUCAUGCGCAUUGGACAGGAAGGCAACUUUCGCAACGGUCAACACGGUCAUAACAUCGACGUGGCCAACGUGCUCGCCGCCAUCUUCAUCGCGACCGGCCAGGACGCCGCCUGUGUCACGGAUGCGUCCUGGAGUCAGCUCACGAUGGAAUACGAUCAAGCGUCUCGCGAUCUCCGGCUGAGUCUGUACUUCCCGUCGCUUCCGGUGGGAGUGAUCGGCGGCGGGACAUGUUAUGACACGCAACAGGAGGGUUUACAGAUCAUUCAGUGUGCCGGACCAGGCCUGAAGGAGCAGUUCGCCGGCUUCAUUGCUUGUUUUGCCUUGGCUUUGGACCUGAGUACCGCUGCAUCCGUGGCGACGAAUACCUUUGCGGGGAGUCAUGCGAAGAUGGCGCAUGGGAGGAGCGAUCAUCGACAGCGAGCGAAGAUGUGA